AUGGCUGCUCGCAAGAUCUUGGCUCUAGCCAUCCUCGUGGCACCGCUGGUGUCCGCGUCGCCUGUGCAGCCCCGUGCCGAGGACGGCUUUAUCCCGACGCCUACUUGGUGGUUCCCCGGUCGACCCACGAGCACCCUCCAGCCGGAUCCGGUGAUCCCCGGAGGACCCAUCUUGCCUGACCCCCUGUUCCCUGGCGGCGAACUGGACCCCGACAACCCGUUCACUGGUGAUGACGGCGAUUCCAACUUUAACGUCGGCCGUGCCGUAGCGGACGACCCGCCCCCGAGCUUUGGCCUGGGCGAUCCCCUCCCGCCGACCCUGUCGCCGGGUCUGAUUGUUCCCGGCGGCCCCCUCGUCGGCGACAAUGGCAACAAUGACGGCUCCGACACGUCAUUUGAUGCCGAGAUUGCCGCCGCGGCUGUCGUCUGCACGUACACCCUUACUGACGCAUCUGCCGUGCACCUGCCUGCGCCCUGCACCUGGGACGGCACCAUGACGGAAUAUGCUUCCACCGUGACCAAGGUGCGGACCGUCGACUGCCACGGCUGCGACCAUUUGCAAAUCGCCCGUGACACGUUCAACUGCCCGGCCAUGAUCAUCCGCGGGACCACGUCUGUCGACACGGCAACAACUCUGUACAGGACAAAGUGCGCUCCGUCGGCGGCAUUGACGGGAACGGCAACAGGACACGGAACGGGGAAGGCGGCGGCAGUACCGGCGGCGGCAGUGCCGGUGGCGGCAGGAGCAGCGGAACCGACAGCGGGGGCUGCGUUGUAA